GAUUGACACUACUAAAGUAAAUUCAAACAAUCCAAUCAGAGAACCYWACAUGCAAAUCUUUACUGCUCACCCCGCCCGUAUUUUAUAACCGACCAAUCAGAGAUGGAGUGGGCGGAGUCAGGGAUACCAGCGGAGGAUUCAAACGGAAGAUGGCAGCGGAUAAAGAUUCCAAUAAAAAUACACAAAACAGAAGGGGUACGGUGUGCAACGUGGUGAUCAGCCAGGAUGCAGGGGGAUCUUGGGGCGGCAGUGGGGUUGGUGGCCGCCCGCCCGUCAUCUUCAACCCAGACUUCUUUGUGGAGAAGCUACGUCACGAGAGACCUGAGGGGUUUCAAGAGCUGGUGCUUAGCAACAUCAGCCGCCUCAURGACCUUCCCGGUGCUGAGUUCUCUCUGCUGUUAGGGGACGAGGGAGGGCACAAGACACCCACAACGGCCGGAGGGGGAUUCUUCCGCUCCUUCAACUUCCUCAAACGUAGAGAUAAAGAAGUAGUGUUCGGGACUCCUCUGACAGAGGGAGGCAUCGCCCAGAUUUACCAGCUCAUCGAAUACCUCAGCAAGAACCUGCAGGUAGAGGGUCUGUUCAGGGUGCCAGGUAACAGUGUGCGGCAGCAGGCCCUGAAGGAGCAGCUGAACAGCGGCGCAGACAUCGACCUGGAGGCAGGGGGCUUCCACCCCAACGACGUGGCCACCCUCCUCAAGACCUUCCUGGGAGAGCUACCUGAACCCCUCCUUACGCACCACACUUCCAGCUCACUCAAAAUAGCAGACAUGACUCUGUUUGAUGAGAAAGGCAACAAGACGUCAGUACCUGAUAAGGAGCGUCAGAUUGAGGCCUUACAGCUCCUCUUCCUGCUGCUGCCCCAGGCCAACCGCAGCCUCCUCAAACUGAUCCUGGACCUGCUCUACCACACCGCCAAGCAGCAGGACAAGAACAAAAUGUCCGCCUUCAACCUCGCCCUCAUGUUUGCCCCCCACGUCGUGUGGCCCAGAGAUAUGGUGGCCAGUGACCUCCAGGAGAAUCUGAAGAAGCUAAACAACGGCAUGGCCUUCCUCAUCAAACACUCCCAGAAACUAUUCAGGGCUCCUAUGUACAUGAGGGAGCAUGCCAGAAUGCACUUCACAGGAUCUAAGACCCUGCAGACCAAGGAUGAUAUAGACCUGUUAUCUGUGGCUGGUUUCCCUGCCCCUGUUCCCCUGAAGAGGUGUUGGGUUGACCCGUCUCAGUACCUGUCCCCCUCCUCGUCGUCCCGGCAGCAGCACCACACAGAGGAGUCCCUGAAGGAGCUGUUCAGACACGUCCAUGAACAAAUGCCCGACUCUGCCAAGAAGAGAAACUCCUACCCAGGUCUCACUGCCGGACUGCUUCUUAGUAUUCUCUUGUCUCCUUUUCCAUACGAGGUGGAUUUUACAUUUCAUGUAGAUUAGAAUGACUGGCUAAAUCCCAGUAUCCUGUCUCCUCAUCCUCCAUCUCUUUUCUCCUCCUGCAGCUUGCCAAACAGACCACCCCGGCCUGGCCCAGGGACACCCAUCAACAACUACAGACCCCCCCGGCCCAGAGCAAGAAACACACCCGCUCCGCGCUCCUUCGGGGGAUUCAUCAAGAGAGACAUAAGGGGGACCAACAGGCGUUGGAGAGGAGGGGCAGACAAAUCUCCCCGGAGAUGGUUGCUGCGGCGAUGGGACGGCUGGGAAAGGAGAACGUCGUCCUGCAGUCGGUGAACAGUCCGGUGACAGUGAAUAAUAAGACUCCAGUCAGGUCAAGGCCUCUGAUAGCGCGGCCUCAAUAGAGAGAGGGGACUCAAACUAUCAAAGGACUCUCCAUCCAUCUCCAGGAUGUGUUUUUCUCCUCCCUAGAAACGUCGAUGUAGAGGAUUGGUACUAGCAACACUGGACUUGUUUUUCUUUUUUUUUCUUUUAUCAAGUAAACUAUACUGUAACUUUGUAAAUCCAUGACGAAUACAACAUUAGUCCCCAGACAGACAUGGGUUGCAUCCCAAUAAUCUCUUUUUUCUCCUGAAGUGUGCUCUUGUUCACUUUCCUCAAUGGGUUUAAAAGGAAAUGACUGGAUUACCUAUAUGGAAACUCCUUCUAGCCAUGCCUACACAAUCCAAGACUUUUCCAUUUUGUGGGGAGUAGUGAAUGAGUGCACACUUCAGGGGGAGAGAUUAUUGGGACGUAACCCAGGAAAGUACAAGACCAACUCAGUGUGGAGGCAGGGAUAGAAGGGAGCUUUCUGGUUGGGGUCUGAGUGCCACUAAUAACUUGAAACAGUUUUGUUAGACACUUUUACUGUUGUUCGCUAGCUGAGCCUACAUAGAUACUUUUACAGUUGACCACCUAGCUUGAGCCUACAUAGAUACUUUUACAGUUGACCGCUAGCUGAGCCUACAUAGAUACUUUUACAGUUGACCGCUAGCUGAGGCCUACAUAGAUACUUUUACAGUUGACCGCACAGCUGAGCCUACAUAGAACUUUUACAGUUGACCGCUAGCUGAGGCCUACAUAGAUACUUUUACAGUUGAACAGCUAGCUGAGCCUACAUAGAUACUUUUACAGUUGACCGCUAGCUGAGCCUACAUAGAUACUUUUUACAGUUGACCGCCAGCUGAGCCUACAUAGAUACUUUUACAGUUGACCGCUAGCUGAGCCUACAUAGAUACUUUUACAGUUGACCCUAGCUGAGC